CCUAUUCAAAAUAAGAAUUAAAAAAAAAGUGAAAGAGUCGUCGUCGCGUACGACAGUCCCAGAAUUCCAAAUCUGAUUGUAUCGAGUUUGAUAAAUAUUGUAUCUUUGUUUCUCUCUCCCUCAUCAGCUUUCAGAUCAUCAUCAAUAAUCUAGUUCUAGAUAGAGAAACAAGAGAGAGAAAGUCAGAUUGUCUUCCCAUUGACAAUUAGUACCCAAAGCGCGUACUUGUUACUUGCUCCCUAUCUCCUUCAGAUCUUAAUCUAUCAAAACCAAUUUCAUCACUUCCACUUCUAGAUCGAUCCAUUGUUAGGGUUCCCAAUUCGAUCUUCUCUCCCAAUGGCGAAGCCAAGGCACUAUCGUCUACCUUCUCGAAAAUCGUCUUCCUCAUCAACAACCCUCAUCUUUACUAUGCUCGUUAUGUUCAGCUUUGUCGUUCUCAUUCUCGUUGCCCUUGGAAUCCUCUCCGUUCCCAGCAGCUCCGGUGACUCCCCCAAGGCUAAUGAUCUUAGCUCCAUUGUACACAAGAGUGCAGAUAGGAACAAGGGUGAUGAUGGCAACGGCGAGCGGUGGGUUGAGGUCAUUUCAUGGGAGCCCAGAGCUUUCGUUUAUCAUAAUUUCUUGACCAAGGAGGAAUGCGAAUAUCUAAUCAAUCUUGCCAAGCCUAACAUGAAAAAAUCGACUGUUGUUGAUAGUGAAACUGGAAAGAGCAAAGAUAGCAGGGUUAGAACAAGCUCUGGCACAUUCCUGGCCAGAGGACGUGAUAAAACUAUUAGGACUAUUGAGAAGAGAAUUGCUGAUUUCACCUUUAUCCCCGCAGAACAUGGGGAAGGACUUCAAAUUCUCCACUAUGAAGUUGGACAGAAGUACGAGCCUCACUAUGACUAUUUUCUUGAUGAUUUUAACACUGUAAAUGGAGGUCAACGUAUGGCUACACUUCUUAUGUACCUUACAGAUGUUGAAGAAGGGGGUGAAACAGUGUUCCCUGCUGCAAAAGGGAAUAUUAGUUCGGUGCCUUGGUGGAACGAACUAUCUGAUUGUGGAAAAAAGGGACUCUCUGUUAAACCUAAGAUGGGUGAUGCAUUGCUUUUCUGGAGCAUGAAGCCUGAUGCCAGUUUAGAUCCAUCCAGUUUACAUGGUGGGUGUCCCGUAAUCAAGGGAAACAAGUGGUCAAGUACUAAAUGGAUGCGUGUCAGCGAAUACAAAGCUUGAACUGGUAAAGGUAUGCAAGUGGCUAUCCGUUUACUUUGUGCCAGAGCUACAUUUCCAUUCAGCUUCAUAUUCUCAUUUAUUUGUAGGCUAGCACGCACCUUGAAGCUUCACGUCUUAGAAUUCAGUGUAUACUGUUUUUCUCUGCUAACUUAAAUUUUUUUGUUUUCAGUUUCUUUUUUCUUCAUAUUGUUACAACCACAAAUCCCUGAUAAAAAUAAAGUUUGAUGUAUCUUUUGUGGCGGUUCCUAGUUUUGAACAAUGAGAAAAUAGAACUUGUAUUUAAUAUGAAAGUAUAUCAGAGAAUUUUCGUUCGAUGAA